UAUACAAACUCUGUCAAACUUUCGUGUUAUAGUUACAAAUAAUUUAUAGAGAGCUCACGGCGAGUAGAAUGCCAGCAAAUCGCUGUGUGGUUUUUGGUUGUAAUAAUUUCGCCAACAAAUCGAAUGGUAUAUCGUUGCAUUAUUCGCCGAAAAACAAGCAAGACGGCGACAAAUGGAAAAGGUUUGUGCGUCUUCACMGGGCGAACUUCAACCCGCCAGGAAGAUUCGUUGUGUGCUCCCUACACUUUGAAGAAAAGGUUUUCGCAAGGGCACUACAUAUCGAGGGAAUGCAAAGACGUUUGCUUCCUAGAGCAACUCCAACGAUCUGGCUUCCAGAGCAGCAACAAGAAACUUCUGUCAGUGACAGAAGCCGCCGCCACGCUCUCAAAAACAUCCUUCAGCCUGCUAAAAAUGUUGAAGAAGAAGCUGAACAAAUGGCUGCUAAUAGUCACCUAGAAGUAGACGAAGUUGAAGACUGAAAUGACCAGGAGUCGCCCCAAAAUGAACAACAACGAAAC